AUGAAUUAGACGUGCCUCCGCGUGUGUCUGAUUGACAGGCCUCUUGGAGAAAGGGCUUAUAAAGGAGCCAGUCACAGCCUGGAGGCAGCGAAAGCCUCUGCUGUCUGCAGCCUUCCUGGCCAGGUCACUCCUCAAGACAGACUUAGAACACUGACACCGGUCAUCAUUCAUUUUCAAACACACAAGGUCACGUGUGCAGAUUUCCCAGUGACACUCAGGCUGCAGCUGUGCACUCAUCACCCGCGAGACUGGUUCUCUUCUGAGUGUCACGGGUGGAGACAGGAUGCUCUGGGCACUGGCCCUGCUGGCUCUGGGCUUGGGGCCAAAAGCUUAUGCUGGUGACCAGGACGAAGACACUUCGUUUGACCUGUUCAACAUCAGCAAUAUUAACCGGAAGACCAUCGGCGCCAAACAGUUUCGAGGGCCUGACCCUGGGGUGCCCGCUUACCGUUUUGUACGCUUUGACUACAUUCCCCCAGUGAGGACAGACGAUCUCAGCAGGAUUGUCAAGCUUGCAAAGAGAAAGGAGGGCUUCUUCCUCACAGCCCAGAUGAAGCAGGACCGCAAGUCCAGGGGCACACUCCUGGUAUUAGAAGGCCCAGGCACCUCCCAGAGGCAGUUUGAGAUUGUGUCCAAUGGCCCAGGGGACACCUUGAACCUUAACUAUUGGGUCAAUGGCAUCCAACACACCCACUUCCUGGAGGAUGUGGGCUUGGCUGACUCCCAGUGGAGGAACGUGACCGUGCAGGUGGCCAGCGACACCUAUAGCCUGUAUGUGGGCUGCGACCUAAUUGACAGCGUCACCCUGGAAGAACCGUUCUACGAGCAGCUGGAAGCAGACAGAAGCAGGAUGUAUGUGGCCAAAGGUGCAUCCCGAGAGAGUCAUUUCAGGGGCCUGCUGCAGAAUGUCCAUCUCGAGUUUGCAGAUUCUGUAGAAGACAUUCUAAGAAAGAAAGGCUGUCAACAGAGCCAGGGAGCUGAGGUCAACACCAUCAGUGAGCACACAGAGACACUCCACCUGAGUCCCCACAUCACCACAGACCUGGUGGUCCAGGGUGUGGAGAAGACACAGGAAGUGUGUACACACUCCUGUGAGGAGCUGAGCAACAUGAUGAACGAGCUGUCUGGAUUGCAUGUCAUGGUGAACCAGCUGAGCAAGAACCUGGAGAGAGUGUCCAACGACAACCAGUUCCUCUUGGAGCUCAUUGGAGGCCCUAUGAAGACCAGGAACAUGUCAGCUUGCGUGCAGGAGGGCCGAAUCUUUGCAGAAAAUGAAACCUGGGUGGUGGACAGCUGUACCACGUGCACCUGCAAGAAGUUUAAAACCGUGUGCCACCAAAUCACUUGCUCGCCGGCGACUUGCGCCAACCCGUCCUUCGUGGAAGGCGAGUGCUGUCCGUCCUGUUCCCACUCUUCAGACAACGAUGAAGGCUGGUCUCCGUGGGCGGAGUGGACGGAGUGUUCUGUCACCUGUGGCUCUGGGACCCAGCAGAGAGGCCGGUCUUGUGAUGUCACCAGCAACACCUGCCUAGGCCCCUCCAUUCAGACGAGGGCGUGCAGCCUGGGCAAAUGUGAUACAAGAAUCCGGCAGAAUGGUGGCUGGAGUCACUGGUCGCCCUGGUCUUCGUGCUCCGUGACUUGUGGUGUUGGCAAUGUCACCCGCAUACGUCUCUGCAACUCUCCAGUGCCCCAGAUGGGUGGCAAGAACUGCAAGGGCAGUGGCCGGGAGACCAAGGCCUGCCAGGGUGUGCCAUGCCCAAUUGAUGGGCGUUGGAGCCCCUGGUCCCCUUGGUCGACCUGCACGGUUACCUGUGCUGGAGGGAUCCGUGAACGGACGCGUGUUUGCAACAGCCCAGAACCCCAGUAUGGUGGGAAGGACUGUGUGGGGGAUGUGAAGGAACACCAAAUGUGCAAUAAGAGAAGCUGCCCCAUUGAUGGAUGCUUAUCCAACCCAUGUUUUCCUGGAGCCAAGUGCAACAGCUUCCCUGAUGGAUCUUGGUCCUGUGGCUCCUGCCCAGUGGGCUUCCUGGGCAAUGGCACCCACUGUGAGGACCUGGAUGAGUGUGCUGUGGUCACAGAUAUCUGCUUCUCAACCAACAAAGCUUCCCGCUGUGUCAAUACCGACCCUGGCUUCCACUGCCUGCCUUGUCCCCCACGCUAUAAGGGGAGCCAGCCCUUCGGGGUUGGCCUGGAGGCUGCUCGCACAGAGAAACAAGUGUGUGAGCCAGAAAACCCGUGCAAGGACAAGACUCACAACUGCCACAAGCACGCAGAGUGUAUCUACUUGGGCCACUUCAGUGACCCCAUGUACAAAUGUGAGUGCCAGACUGGCUACGCCGGCGACGGGCUCAUCUGUGGGGAGGACUCAGACCUGGAUGGCUGGCCCAACAGCAACCUGGUGUGUGCCACCAAUGCCACCUACCAUUGCACCAAGGACAACUGCCCCAAACUGCCAAAUUCUGGGCAGGAGGAUUUUGAUAAGGAUGGGAUCGGAGAUGCUUGUGAUGAAGACGAUGAUAACGACGGUGUGAGCGAUGAGAAGGAUAAUUGCCAGCUCCUCUUUAAUCCCCGUCAACUGGACUACGACAAGGAUGAGGUUGGAGACCGCUGUGACAAUUGUCCCUAUGUGCACAACCCAGCACAGAUCGACACCGACAACAACGGCGAAGGGGAUGCCUGCUCUGUGGACAUUGACGGGGAUGAUGUUUUCAAUGAGCGAGACAACUGCCCCUACGUCUACAACACUGACCAGAGAGACACGGAUGGGGAUGGUGUGGGUGACCACUGUGACAACUGCCCCCUGAUGCACAACCCGGAUCAGAUGGAUGUGGACAAUGACCUUGUUGGAGAUCAGUGUGACAAUAAUGAGGACAUCGAUGAUGACGGCCACCAGAACAACCAGGACAAUUGCCCAUACAUCUCAAACUCCAACCAGGCUGACCAUGACAAUGACGGCAAGGGUGAUGCUUGCGACCCUGAUGAUGACAACGAUGGUAUUCCAGAUGACAGGGACAACUGCCGGCUUGUCUUCAACCCAGACCAGGAGGACUCAGAUGGCGACGGCCGAGGUGAUAUUUGUAAAGAUGACUUUGACAAUGACAACGUCCCAGAUAUUGAUGACGUGUGCCCUGAGAACAAUGCUAUCACUGAGACAGACUUCAGGAACUUCCAGAUGGUCCCUCUGGAUCCCAAGGGAACAACUCAAAUUGAUCCCAACUGGGUGAUUCGUCACCAAGGCAAAGAGCUGGUGCAGACGGCAAACUCAGACCCUGGCAUUGCUGUAGGUUUUGAUGAGUUUGGGUCUGUGGACUUCAGUGGCACAUUCUAUGUCAACACUGACCGGGACGAUGACUACGCUGGCUUCGUCUUUGGCUAUCAGUCAAGCAGCCGCUUCUACGUGGUGAUGUGGAAACAGGUCACCCAGACCUACUGGGAAGACAAGCCCAGUCGGGCUUAUGGCUACUCUGGUGUGUCCCUCAAAGUGGUAAACUCCACGACUGGCACUGGUGAACAUCUGAGGAAUGCCCUGUGGCACACAGGAAACACAGAAGGCCAGGUGCGCACGCUAUGGCAUGACCCCAAAAACAUUGGCUGGAAAGACUACACUGCCUACAGGUGGCACCUGAUUCACAGGCCUAAGACAGGCUACAUGAGAGUCUUGGUGCAUGAAGGAAAGCAGGUCAUGGCUGAUUCAGGACCAAUCUAUGAUAAAACCUAUGCUGGUGGACGGCUUGGCCUAUUUGUCUUCUCCCAAGAAAUGGUCUACUUCUCGGACCUCAAGUAUGAAUGCAGAGAUGUCUAGAGAGAAAGGCUGCAUCCCAUCAAUGUGCUCCAAACACUGUCUACGAGACACGUCGGCCCAUCUUGCUACUUGCAGCUUUUCUCUCUUUCGGCAUUUCCUGUUUCUUGACCUUAACUGAGUGGAUCUUCACCUCGCUCAUCAGCACCAAGUCCAAGUGCCUUCAAAUGACAAACAUCAAGGGAACUGCAAGAUGAGCAUCUGGCCCGCUGCUGGAAAACAGAUUGACGAGAAAUGAGACUCACCACGGAGUGGAAACCUAGCGUGUUGUUGCAUUGUCUUUUCUUGUCUCUUUAAACAGAAUGACGUUUACAUGUAAAAUGUAAUUACUUGCAGUAUUUAUGUGUAUAUGGAGUUGAAGGGAAUAUUGUGUAUAAGUCAUUCUCAUAAAUUAAGCAUGAAAACUCUUGCUCACCUAC